AUGGAAAACUCAACGCAAACCAAAGAAUUUUUAGCGAAAAAGGGGACUCCCCUGGAUAAGGAUAGUCCGCCAGGUGCGGCAAGGAAACACAAGCUUCAGAACACAUGGACCCUGUGGGGCGCGAAGCAAGAUCCCGAAAGGUCGUGGGAGGACAUGCUGUACGAGGUUGGUAGCUUCAACACCAUCGAGGACUUCUGGAUUCAGUAUUACAGCACCGAUUCGCCAUCCAAGCUCAAAAACGGCUGUGAUUACAUGCUCUUCAAGAAGGGCAUUCGCCCCGUGUGGGAGGAUCUGCAGAACAAGCGCGGCGCUCGUUGGACAUACAACGUGGUGAAAGAGGCUACAUCCAAACUGGACACAGUUUGGCUGGACGUGCUUCUCUGCCUGAUUGGCGAGGCCUGCGAUCAUGGCGAUCAGAUCUGUGGGGCUUUCGUCAGGAUACGCAAGGAGAAGAACAAAGUCUCCGUCUGGACAAAGAACUUCAAGGACUACGAGGCAAAGAUGGAGAUUGGUGAAAAACUGUGUGAAGCCGUAGGCCUCAGCAACAAAAAAAAGAUAAAAUUUUAUUCGCAUCCAUUCGCAAAUUGAAACCAUCGCCUCCACUAUUUGUGUUGGAGGCUGAACCUUUAAGAAUAUGAACAUCCCAGUAUCUUUUUUAUAAAUACUUUAUCGGCUUCUAUAAAUAACUAUGCUGAAUAUGUAAAACUUUAAGUUGAAUGUAGCCCAAAAUUAUCUUAUUUCCC